ACAUCAGAUGACAACAAAGUUUAUUAUCAUCAUCAUCCAUCUUACUCUCAGUGAUAUAAGGUACUACAUGUGCUAUGUUUGGUAACAUUCACCCAAGGGGCACGGCAACCUGCCCUCACCAUACCCACCAAGACCAUGUGGUCAUUUAUGACAACUGUGUGGCAUCAUUUGCUAAUGAUAUGAUGCACUUGCAACCCAAGACCGUGACGUUCGAGCUUCUGAAGCGACCGAGUAAUAUCCCGGGGCUUCGUGAGGCUCUGCAGGUGGUGGCAAUGCGCGACUGUGAGGUGAAUCUUUUUUUGAGAUAUGAUUGGCAGCUGCCCAGAGCUGGCUCAUCAGACGAGCAUAUUACCAUUCUCACUCAGUCUAGCGCCAAGUGCCGGGUAACUGCCUUCAGUGGCUGCCUCAGUGGUCUAGUGGUGGCCUCGUUACCUGCGACGAUAAACCAAUUGUGGCUAGCUUUCACUGAGGACGAUGACCACAUGCGGAAUGCUCUCUCUGCAAUGACUGAAAAUAUUGCAAGGAUGGAGUACCUCUGGCUACAUGUGGUGGCAGGAACUGCACUGAGCAUGUUGCACCCUAUAGCAUGCCGGAGCUACGGGCCUCACCUGGUGAUAUCGGGGGUAUCUGAUAGCCAAGUAGACUGGGCAUGUGAUGUUGCUCGUACUCUGCAACCUAACAGUAGUUGGUGGGAAUACUGGACUUUAGGAUUGGUGAGGAGCACCUUGAGCAAAGAUGGCUGUGAGAACCUGGUUAAGGGUCUAGCGGAGAGGGGCGUGACAGUGUGGAUUUGUAACCGAGGUAUCCAGAUAGCCUCUCCAGCACUCACUCAGGAUGACUGUCACCAUCUUAUGACUGUUGCUCGUGAACAACUGAACUGCUCACUCUCCUGUGGGAGUAGGGUACUCCCUGAGUUGUACCCUGGAGGACAGUGCUGGUCACAUUUCUUCUCCAUAGAUGAAGAGGAAGAUUCCGAGUCUAGUGAAGAUGAAGCAAACCACUAACUCGCUCUUGAAUACUCAAGUACACUACUCAUAUAUACUGUAUAUAUAGAUAUAUACACACCUACCAUCCAACUUACGACCUGCUCGACAUACGUCCACUCGACUUACAACCGUGCAUCUGGCAGCUGGGCUGGGCCAGCUGAUGCACACCGCUGUACAAUAUUUGGCGAUACUCGCAGCGGCAAUACGUCAUGCAGGCAGCAUCAGUUUGAGUAACCCUUCCCUAUCAGCAGCAUCAUACUGUAUUAACUGGACAGUAAAUUUCACCAUGGCCCCUAAGAUGAAGUCUGAAUCUUGCACUGGAGAUUGUGGCAAGAAAGGCUCUUACUCUCGAACUCUCUAUUUGUUUUCACUGUUGCAUAUAAACCUGUCUGUAUCUGUCUGCCUGUAUACCUGUGUCUGUCUGUAUGUCUGUCUUUCUGCGUCUGUCUCAGAGCCACUCAUUAAGAGUGUAAUUGGUCUUGAAGACACCAUAUUAAUAAUGAUAAUAACACAAUAAUAAUCAAUGAGGCACAUUAAAUGUGUAUAAAGCGUUAAUAUAGAUAUUUUGCUUAAUCCAUCUAUGAUGUUUUUCAAAAUUAUAUAAUAAACAUGCUACAUAACAUAUAGCUUAUAAAUUAAAAAAUAUGAGAUGUUUUUCUGGUCGGCUUGACAGAGUGAACAAAAACCAUUCGUGUCCGGGCUGGUAACAACAACGUUUGUUUACAUAACUCAUGAACCUUCUACACUCAUUCUCUCUCUUGUUUAUUCAUUUAAUCUUGUUUACUCACCUCUCACUCUACAUUAAGACUACAGAUAUUUUAAGGUAAGUAAUGAGUGGACACUAUUAUUAUAGUUUAAUAAUAAUAUUAUUAUUAAUAUUAGUACAUAUGUAUUAUUGUAAUAAUAAUAAUAAUAAUUAGUAUUGUUAGGUAAGACACAUAUGCAACAGUUAGGUAUCUUUAUUUCGAAACGUUUCGUCUACACAGUAGGCUUCUUCAGUCGAGUACAGAAAAGUUGAUAGAAGCAGAAGAUACUUGAAGACGAUGUAAUCAGUCCAUCACCCUUAAAGUUUUGAGGUGGUCAGUCCCUCAGUCUGGAGAAGAGCAUUGUUCCAGAGUCUGAAACAGUAUUGUUUCAGACUUUGGAACAAUGCUCUUCUCCAGACUGAGGGACUGACCACCUCAAAACUUUAAGGGUGAUGGACUGAUUACAUCGUCUUCAAGUAUCUUCUGCUUCUAUCAACUUUUCUGUACUCGACUGAAGAAGCCUACUGUGUAGACGAAACGUUUCGAAAUAAAGAUACCUAACUGUUGCAUAUGUGUCUUACCUAACAACCUGUCGGUAUUUUAUACCAUUUUAAUGUUCAAUAAUUAGUAUUAUUAUUAAUUUAGGUCACUGGAGCACAGAUCCACUGUAUAGCACUUUGUCUGGAUUUUUGGGUUAUCCUAGGUAAUUUAUACUAUGUAUGAUGACUUACGUGUACUUGUGUGAGAGAGAGAGAGAGCCACAUUCAGUCAGCCAACCACCCACCCACCUGGCCAGCCAGCCAGCUAUGUAUUACACAUAUUCCAGAGUUGUUUCUCUUUACUUAGGGUAUAGGUUACACAACAUUCUGGCAGGAUGACACUACCAGUGGUAUUCUCCCAUUCACUGUGUCGACAAUACAUAAAGAUAACAGUAACAUAUGAUACUGUAUGCGAUGUAAAAUUUACAGUUCAGUUCACUACCAUGUAUACAUUAUAUACGGUACAUAAAUAAUUAAAAUAGUAAAACAAUAGAAGUAAAUUAUGGUAAAAAAAUGAAAUAAUGAUUGUACACUACAUUACAGUACUAUGUAGGUAGUUUAUAUAGGAAAGGUUUGACAUUAUGCCCUACCCAGUAUGUCGGCAAUUUUCAAAGGUUCGACUUACGUCCAUUUUGACUUAAGACCAGUUGGUCGGAACCAAGCUUGGCCGUAAGUCAGAUGGUACCUUUAUAUAUAUAUAUAUAUAUAUAUUUAUUUUUAACAAGUUGGCCAUCUCCCAUAUAUAUAUGUCGUGCCAGAUAGGUAAAACUUACGAUUUUGGCUUAAAUAACAACUCUUUUCUUGCCGAAUAAGGCAAGCGAAAAUUUGUGUAUGCAGUAAUUUAGCAAAAGUCAUUCUGAACCUAACGAAAAAAAUAUAUUUCAAUGUGCUUGCUUGUUAUUAAAUUAUUGUAAACUGCUCUAAAAUACUAUAUUUUGUUGGAUUAGGGUAAAUGAAAUUGCUCUUGUUAUAAUAAGUUCAGGUAAGUUUUCUAAUGUUCUUUUGGUACAAAAUUACUAAUUUUUGCAUUAACAUAAUUGAAAAAAUAUAUCUUUUAAUGUAUAAGAGAAAAUUUUAGAAAGGACUUAAUUUUAAAUGAGUUCUUGCUAAUUGACCAAUUUUACCUAUUCAGCACGACAUGUAUAUCUUUCUUUCUUCUUUCAACGUACCAGCCGUAUCCCACUGAGGUGGGGUGGCCCAAAAGAAAAAACUAAAGUUUCUCUUUUUAAAUUUAGUAAUAUAUACAGGAGAAGGGGUUACUAGCCCCUUGCUCCCGGCAUUUUAGUCGCCUCUUACAACACGCAUGGCUUACAGAGGAAGAAUUCUGUUCCACUUCCCCAUGGAGGUAAUAAUUCCUGACAGUGUGAAGCAACGGUUCCAGUCAGCUGAUUGAGAGUAAACACCCAUGUAUAUAUCUUCUUUCUUUCAACACACUGGCCGCAUCCCACCAAGGCAGGGUGGCCCAAAAAGAAAAACGAAAGUUUCUCUUUUAAAUUUAGUAAUCCAUGUACAUAUACAUGUAUACAUAUAUAAACACAUGUAUAUAUAUACAUAUAUGUGUAUGUAUUAUAGGUAGUAGGUUGGUAGACAGCAACCGCCCAGGGAGGUACUACCGUCCUGCCAAGUGAGUGUAAAACGAAAGCCUGUAAUUGUUUUACAUGAUGGUAGGAUUGCUGGUGUCCUUUUUUCUGUCUCAUGAACAUGCAAGAUUUCAGGUACGUCUUGCUACUUCUACUUACACUUAGGUCACACUACACAUACAUGUACAAGCACAUAUAUACACACCCCUCUGGGUUUUCUUCUAUUUUCUUUCUAGUUCUUAUUCUUGUUUAUUUCCUCUUAUCUCCAUGGGGAAGUGGAACAGAAUUCUUCCUCCGUAAGCCAUGCGUGUUGUAAGAGGCAACUAAAAUGCCGGGAGCAAGGGGCUAGUAACCUCUUCUCCUGUAUAUAUUACUAAAUGUAAAAGGAGAAACUUUCGUUUUUCCUUUUGGGCCACCCCGCCUCGGUGGGAUACGGCCGGUGUGUUGAAAGAAAGAAGAAGAAGAAUGUGUAUGUAUGUAUAUAUGCGUAAAAUAACCACGGUAAAAUCACGAAAGUGCUUGGAAAUUCACCCUUUUUUUCACCUUGGUUGUUUUGUAUAUUGUGAUAUCACUUGUUUACUGUGAUCUUAUUGAAUGAUAUACAUGUGUGUGCAUGUAUGUGUGCAUUUUUAUAUUCAAGAAUCUUGAUUUUAAGAAUUGCAUAUUGAGUAGCCACUUGCAUUCUGCAUGGGUUGCUUUCCUGAAAAUCACUGCUGUAAGAGAAAUCCUGGUGUUCGGUCUAAAUGUACGUAUAGGAAAAAUUGGGUUACAUUCGUGAUACCACCACCAAGCCAAAAAAAAUAUCUUUGUAAAUGUAUUUUGUCUAAAAAUAAUAGUUUUUGUACUCAGAGUUGCCAUUGUUUGUUGAUCUAAGAAUGUAUAGAGAGGGUUGAUGUGGCCCUACUAGGCGUAGAUGUAUGUAGUGAGAUUUAUAUAGGCAUGAUUUAACAUUAUACAUCUGUAUCUCAAGUGUCACUAGUGUUUCUCUUGGGUGCCAGGAUUUAAUAUCCAGGGAUGAGAAGGUUGAUGAAAAAAUGAGAAUUGAUUGAUAAAUUCAAGAGAGUAAUUUUUCUAUCAGUGCACCAUGCAGAAACAAGCGGAUAUAUAAAGGGAAAGAUCACAGUCAGCAAGAUUAUAACUCGCUAUAGGAAGACUGUCAAGGUUCCCAAGUGAUGUUUUUCUCCACUCAGCCAGGCGUUCUAGUGGUACACUCUGUAAUCAUUAUUUAACUACAUGUAAACCACACAAUAACCAAAUUCUGUAAAUUCAACAUUGUAAUCCUUAUUCAAAGUUUAUUCUCUAUAAAGAUUACAAUGUUGAAUUUAUAGAAUUUGGUUGUUGUGUGGUUUACAUGUAGUUAAAUAAUGAUUACAGAGUGUACCACUAGAAUGCCUAUAGAGAAUAAACUUUGAAUUUGAGGCUGAGUGGAGAAGAGCAUCACUUGGGAACCUUGCCAGUUUCCCUAUAAUGGGUUCUGAGACUGCUGACUGCACUCUUUCUCUAUGAGAGAGUAAAUUAAGGGUCAUAUCCAGAAGGCAACUGGCUGUUUGCAGCAAGGAGUAAUGCUGGGCUUAUUCCCUAAAAUAGUGACUUCACCCUGGACAUAUCCCACCAUGCAGUCAAGCCAUAUUUCAUGCAAAAAGAGGAUUUAUGCCUAUUUUUCCUAAAUGUUAUGGUGUGAGCUUGCUGCCACUCUACUACACAAUGCAACUUGGGUACAAAACUUCAUUCAGUAUUUAUUGAAAAUGCAAAUUGGUCAUGCAAAAUAUGACAGUCAAGUGUAGAAGUUACUUAAUGCUGUCAUAAGGAGGUCUUCCAUACCUGUGCCACACUUCUGGGUUUAGUAAUCGUCAUUAUCACAUUUGCAGUCAGCUGUGCUUAGUUUGACCAAUAUUCAGUUCAGUCCGAAAUGGCAUGUUAUGUGUGUAAUUCUUUUUUCCAGGAAGUUUAGGAAAUAUAAUACUGGAACCUUAAUAAACAAAGUAGUCACAUCAUAGCUAAGUUGAAAUCAUUUGACAUAUCUAACACGAGCAGUUUUCUAGUUAAAUCUGUGCUACUUUUUAUGUAUAAAUCUGACAAUUAUAGAUCCUGUAAAUUCUAAUGUAGAGAAGAGUUAAUGUGAUUUUUUGAAGAGAUUGUAUGAGCUUCAUAAAAGGUUCUUUCUCCACAGAGAUAUUACAGUAGAUGAAAUAAAAAUUAUCCCAAGUACGUAAAUGAAGAGAGAACGACAACUUGUAUUUAGGGGAGAAAAUGAAAUUAUGAGUAUACAGUGGACCCCCGGUUAACGAUAUUUUUUCACUCCAGAAGUAUGUUCAGGUGCCAGUACUGACCGAAUUUGUUCCCAUAAGAAAUAUUGUGAAUUAGAUUAGUCCAUAUCAGACCCCCAAACAUACACGUACAAACGCACUUACAUAAAUACACUUACAUAAUUGGUCACAUUCGGAGGUAAUCGUUAUGCGGGGGUCCACUGUAUUCACUUAUAAUUAAGAUCAAGAACUUGACAAGCCAUUUUGGCAGAUUAUACUCGGUCAUCCCUACAGGACUGAUGAUUGGUCUAGCUAGGUUGUGAUAUAAAUAUGGUGCUGAGGUUGAAUGACCUGAGAGUUGUUUAAUCGACUGCUCAUCAGCUUUAAAUUGUUGUUAACCUGUUCGUGUGGAUGCUUAUUAUGUUGCAUAUUUGUAUUAGUAUCUCUUAGUAAAUUCUGCGUUUUGCUGACAUGAUACAUUUGUCUAGCAUAGGUGUGGUGUGUAGCAUAGCUGUAGUGCCUGUCAUAACUGUGUUUUUUUUUUAUUCGCCGGUAUUCUCCUGGCCUGGGUCUUUUCCAAGUAGUGGUGACCCGGCCUUGGCUCCCUAUCUCGGGAGUGUCUCGAGACCUAAGUCUCCCAUGGGAGGAGGUACAAGUACCCCCUCAUCUUUGGGACCAACUAUCCCCAGACCUAGCCACAUUCCCCGCCCUCACGGUGCUCGUAGGGAGAAGCUAGGCCUCUGGUCUGCCAUCUGCCCCGCCCCAAAGGGGCUCGUGGAGAUGGCAGUCUUAUGAGCUGCAGAUGGUAGCAAGCUCAGCUCUAUAACUGUGGUGUUUAGCAUAGCUGUGGUGUCUAGCAUAGCCGUAGUGCCUAUCACAACUGUGGUGUCUAGCAUAGCUGUGGUGUCUAGCAUACCUGUUGUGUAUAAAUGAUCAGCCUUUAUAAUGUAGAGUUCUUCAUUUUUCUGAAGGUCAUGGUAUGACUUAAUGUAACAUUCUGGUUGCAAUAGAUCAGUGUAUGCAUGCCUAUAUAAAUGUUGUCAUUUGUAUCUUUUGUAAUUCUCAAUACAUAUAAACAUUCAUGUUAUGUAACCAUGGUAGAGCAAGAGUAUUCACAUCAUUCCCAUCUCAAACUAAAUAUGUUUAACCAUCCCUAACUUGUGUAGUUGACUCGGUGGGUAGUCAGCAGAGUUUACCUGGAGAUAGUUCCGGGGGUCAACGCCCCCGCGGCCCGGUCUGGUCAGUUCUGCAGCAUCAAUUUAGGAAACACUUGUUGAUUUAGAUGUUAAUGCAAAAAUACUAUUUUAAGACUGGUUUUAUGAGUUUUGAGAAGAUCAGUUGUGUAGGAAGACAGAUUGAAUAUUUUUUUUUUUUUAACAGGCUGUAUCCCACUGAGGCAGUUUACCUGGAGAGAGUUCCGGGGGUCAACGCCCCCGCGGCCAGGUCUGUGACCAGGCCUCCUUAGGUCAGUGUCCCAGGAUGCGACCCACACCAGUCGACUAACACCCAGGUACCCAUUUUACUGAUGGGGAACAUAGACAACAGGUGGAAAGAAACACGUCCAAUGUUUCUACUCUGGCUGGGAAUCGAACCCAGGCCCUCACCGUGUGAAGCAAGAGCGUUAACCACCAGGCCACCAGAGCCCCUAAAAAAAAAUAAUUUUUAAAUUUAGUAGUUUACACAGGAGGAGGAGUUACUAGCCCCAUGCUUCCAGCAUUUUAACCACCUCUUAUGACAUGCAUGGCUUACAGAAGAAGGAUUCUUUUUUUCACUUCCCCAUGGUGGACCCCCGGCUUACGAUAUUAUUUCAUUCCAGAAGUAUGUUCAGGUGCCAUUACUGAACAAAUUUGUUCCCACAAGGAAUAUUGUGAAUUAGAUUAGUCCAUUUCAGACCCCCAAACAUACAUGUACAAACGCACUUACAUAAUUGGUUGCUGAUCGUAAAGCGGGGGUCCACUGUUUAUAGUACCAACAAAGUGAUUAAUAAGAGACUUGCAGUGCUAUAGAAUCUUUAUUGCUGAAAUAUUUCACCUGUACAUCAAGCUUCUUCAAUCUAAUACAGAAACCAGUAGAAUUCUAGAAGUACAGGAAUGCCUCCUAUUUACAGUGCCUAUACAGUGGACCCCCGGUUUACGAUAUUAUUUCAUUCCAGAAGUAUGUUCAGGUGCCAGUACUGAACGAAUUUGUUCCCAUAAGGAAUAUUGUGAAUUAGAUUAGUCCAUUUCAGACCCCCAAACAUACACGUACAAACACACUUACAUAAAUACAGUUACAUAAUUGGCUGCAUUGGGAGCUGAUCAUAAAGCGGGGGUCCACUGUAUUUGGCUUUCAAUUGUGCUAUUGUUUCACUUACUGGUGACUAGCCGAUGGGUGGAACUUAGCGAAACAAUGGCUCAGUCUGAAGCCAACAAAAACAUGGAACACUGAAAAGGUGCUGUAUGUGUAGGGCCCUCCUGUAGUAGAAGUAACCUUGACAUUAUCAGUCCAUUACCUUCGAUGGGAGGUAGUUAGUUCCUCAAACCUGCAGCAUAGACAUGUUGGCAGACCUUGCAUACUAGAAUAUAGGCAAGAUGAAGCUGCUAGAGCAACAUCACAGGUGAGCGUUAUUUGUGAGUGGAAGUAGGUCAUUCUGAGCAGUGCUUCAGCAAAGAAGUAGAAAAAGAAUUCUAUAUCAAUCUACCCUGGUGUUGGUGUGUUGCACAGUAGGACAAUACAGUGGACCCCCACUUUACGAUCAGCUCCCAAUGCGACCAAUUAUGUAAGUGCGUUUGUUUGGGGGUCUGAAAUGGACUAAUCUAAUUCACAAUAUUCCUUAUGGAACAAAUUCGUUCAGUACUGGCACCUGAACAUACUUAUGGAAUGAAAUAAUAUCGUAAACCGGGGGUCCACUGUACUAAUAUCUUGGCACAGGGGAAUUCUUGGGUCACAGAGGUGGAAAAUAGUGAGAGAGUACAGUGCCUGCACUCUGAAGGAAAGGGGUAUUGCCAUUUGGAGAUUCAUUUGAAUUGUGAUGUGUACACACUUCAGGCAAAAGAACAGUUGAAUCAGAGAAGGUGAAUGUUUUUUUCUUCAACACCCUGGCCAUCUCCCACCGAGGCAGGGUGGCCCAAAAAUGAAAACAAAAGUUUUUCUUCUUUUUACAUUCAGUAAAAGGUAUCACUAGGCCCUUGCUUUCGGUAUUUUAAUCACCUUUUACAAUAUACAUGACUUACAGAGGAAAGAUUCUUCUCCACUUCCCCAUGGGGAUGUAUAUCCAUUUUUUGGGGUGACUCUACCUUGGUAGGAGACAAAUUUUACCCCUUGCUUCAACACACUAUUACAUCUCUCUCAUUUAUACCUGAUUGGUCAUAGCAACAUAAGAAUGGGGUAGCUUUGCAGUAGGCCUGUUGGCCCAUGCUAGGAAGAUCAUAAUCACCCCAGCUAUUCUUUUCUCAUAAUUUAGAGAAGAGUGUACGACACUGUAAUGCAUAGAUACCAAAUAUAGAUUAAAAUGAAACAGGUCAAGGUAUGUAGAAUUCAAAUUCAAAAUUAAAAAAAUUAUUUCUUUUUAUAAUACACAAUGUGUAGCAAAAUAUUGUUAAGUACAAAGAAAACCACUAACAUCCAUAAGCAUAUCGAGUAGAAAUGUUGCAGUCUGUUUUUCUUACAAAGAUGGAGAGUACCAAGCAUAUACAGUGGACCCCCGGUUUACGAUAUUAUUUCAUUCCAGAAGUAUGUUCAGGUGCCAGUACUGACCGAAUUUGUUCCCAUAAGAAAUAUUGUGAAUUAGAUUAGUCCUUUUCAAACCCCCAAACAUACACGUACAAACGCACUUACAUAAUUGGUCGCAUUGGGAGCUGAUCGUAAAGCGGGGGUCCACUGUACUCUCUUGAAAAGUAUAAUAUAUGAAGAAUAUUAGGUGUCCAAGUGGAAGACUGGCAUAAAUAAAGGGGAUGUAAAUAGAGCACUGCUUCAUGGGAAAGUGGAGAAGAAUCCUUUCUCUAAGUCAUGUGUCAUAAGAGGCAACUAAAAUGCUGAGAGUAAGGGGCUAGUAAUCCCGUUUCCUGUAUAAAUUACUAUAUUUUAAAAGAAGAAAAAAUUUUCUCUCUUUUUUUCCGGGUCACUGAGCCUCAUGGGUGAUAGCAGAUGCGUUAAAAAAAAAUAGUGCUGAAAAUUUAUGACCAAGAAAAAACUUGAAAUAAUGGAUUCAAGUUGUAUAACAUGAGAUUUAGAAAGUAUGUAGGAAAGAAUUGGUUUAGCAGUAGAAUUGUAGAUGUGUGAAAGAAAGUGAUAAGUAUAUAGCAUCACUUUGGUAAGCUCUAAAAGUAGGUUAGACAAAUAUAUGAGUUAGAAGGACCUGCCUAGCAUGGGCCUACUGGAGUGUUCUAAUAUUUUUUUCUUUUUAAAUGGUAAAAAAAAAAGAUUGACACUUUGUGUACUAUAUGUUAACUACAUGGCAUUAAUGUCGAAUAUAUAGGUAAGCAACCAUUGGUGAAUAUUGCCUGUUAAGUGAGGUUACCCAAGAUCUUAACAAACGGCAUACUGUAUUAAGAGUAGCAACCUUAUCUAUGCUAGACACCCGCUGCUACUUUGAAAGUUCGAAGUGACUUAAAACCACACUGGAAAAAGACCCCAGUGAGGUUUCUAACUUUGACAUGAAAUAACGUAAAGAAUUUAAUACAUAUGCAACAUCUGGGUAUCUUUAAUUUCUUUAUUCUCAUGAGCAGUGUGUAUUAAGAUUAUUUAAGUCAUUGAUAGCCAGUAUAUUAUAUUUUAUUUGUGUUAGUCGCUGUAUCAAGUACAGUAUAUUCAUUUCUAGGUAUCCAUUAUCUUUAUUUUCUGUGAGCAAUAUCUCUUGUAAUGAUAAUGUUAUUAAAGAAAUAUUGAUAAUAUUUAUAAGACAAAAUAUGCCAGCCCUACCUUCAGUAGUGACCUAACAAAUCCAAAGAACAAAUGUAUGUGGCCAUGUUAUAAUUAUGUUUUAUUUUACUGGUAAGACCCCUCAAGCAGCCCCCCAGAAAUCCAAAUACGUAUUGUAGCGUCUUGCAUGUACAGAAACCCUCGAUUUAAUGGACGUUGGAAAUACGGGACAAAAUCUGCUGGAUCAUUUAAUUUGGAAUAAACGGACAGUGCGCGCCAGUUGAAGAAUUGACUGUUUUUGUUAUGACUACAGCAAAAUAAUCUCAUCUCAAUAUGCCACACUAGCCACCCACUACCCCAUGUUACUUUUAAAUCAACGGUUAUCUGUAUGAUCCUUUGUGUGCCGCCUCAAGGAAAGUGUUAUGGAGGAAGCUGGAGAUUUAACUACUCCAUCCCAUACCCUAGAGAUAUAAUUUGCUGCUGUAAUAAACAUAUUACUGUAC